UUUUUUUGAUGUUGAAAUUGUGAUUUUCUGUUACAAUGAAAAACAAUGUAUAUAUAAAAAUAAACAGGUUAACAUUUGUUUGCUUCAAUUUUUUUUUAAAUAAUGCUCAAAAUUUAUAAUUUAUUAGAAACUCCCCGGAGGACCCGUACCAGGUUGAAGAAGAUAAACCAUCCCUUAAACAAAGUCAACCUACAUACAAGAGAAAAUUAAGUGAAUAAGAAGACUCACUAAUUCUUUUGAGAAGGUAAAUUUAUUUAAUCUCUACUCUUAUUCUAAAAAAAAUAUAAGAAUACCCCCACUCCACCACAUACUAUUAAAAUCUUUUAAAUUGUAAACAUAAACAUUUUUUACUUUUUUUUUUGUUUUGAAAAUCUUUUCAUAGGAAAAUGAAGAAAGAAAACAGCCCUGAGAGUGAGGGGUUCUCGCAGCAGACGAAAGAGGAGCAUCCACUGCUGAAAACAUUCAGAGAAGACAACCCAGGGAAAUAUACAACGUUUGAAAAACGUAUCCGGUCAACGUUUACCCUCACGACACCAGUAUGUAACACGUUGACUGUUAGCCAUAAACCUGCGUCGACAGAGUCAGGAGAGUUCAACCCACCAGUGCCUAUAAAAUCCCAGGGAUACAGUCCCUCAUCUCCGGAUUACAGUCCCUCAUCUCCGAAUUACAGUCCCGUAUCUCCGGAUUACAGUCCGGUAUCUCCGGAUUACAGUACAGCAUCGACACCAGUGCUAAUAAAGUCGGAACCUACAUGUACAGUCACCCCAAUGAUGACUCUGACAACAACACCCCAGGCCCCCCUUCCGUCAUUCGCCGGAUAUAGUCAGGUAUCUUCGGAAUACAGUCCGGCAUCGACAACAGUGCUAAUAAAGUCGGAACCUACAGUCACCCCAAUGAUGACUCCGACAACAACACCCCAGGCCCCCCUUCCGUCAUUCGCCGGAUAUAGUCAGGUAUCUUCGGAAAACAGUCCAGCAUCGCCACCAGUGCUACUAAAGUCGGAACCUACAGUCAACCAAAUGAUGACUCGGAUAACAACCCCCCACAAUCAACACCGAGUCUCUCUCCAGUUGUAGCACCAGGGUUUUGGAUGCCACUUAACAAUUACCCUCUCAAAGAGGAGCUCAACGCUUUAAACGAAUUGGUAGAUAACGUCCGUGUGGACCUUCUCCAAACGUCAAUGGUGGUACAUUAUAUUCAAGAUUUCAUGAAAAAAUUUCAGUGACAUUUUUUAAGAGGAAAGGGUUAAACUAAAUGUCCAUCUGCUUAAUUUACAUGAUCAUUAUAUGUGUUCUUUUUUUUUUUAAACUCUAUCCAAGUAUUUGUUCAUUUUCAAGUAUGCAACUAUGUCUUAAAUGUUUUUUCCUUCUUUCUUAAUGAUUGGUAUGAUGAUGUGUUCAGAUUAUCUAUUUGUUGUGAAACUCGCAAUAAAUUUUAUAGUCAUAUAAAAUUUCUUUCUUUUUAAUGAAAUAGAGUAACAUUACAACAUGUACUUACUACUAUGGGAGAUUGAUCUGCAACGUUCAAACAGAAAAUUCUGACUAAAAGAAAUACU